UGUACAAAAGAGCUGGGCUCCCAGCUGUUGCCAUUCUUCAGCUGAAGACAGACAGAGAGGGAAGCAGACUAUAAACAUAAGCUUUUUAAAAAAAGCAGUGAAAAAACAAAAGCAAGACAACCCGUGUUGUGGGGAGGGGGAAGACGCGAAUUGAUAGGUACAAAUAAUAGAGGAGUGUAUAAUUUUAUGUUUUAAGGUUCGCUGAGGUAGACGCCUGUCCUCUGGCCGGCCCCGCUCUCCAGCCCCAUCCCCCUUCUUUCCCCUACACCACCCCCCCCCCCAACCCGUCUUUAAGGCCAGUGGCCUUGCCCCUUCUUCCCCGCCCCCGCCGCCCCGGUGUCCAGCAGUGUGUGGAACCCCGCCACACCGCCCGCCCGCCGCACCACGGCCUUCACCUGCGUCUUCCAGUGUUUCCCGUGUGAACCGACCUGCCUCGGCGCGUCGUGGAGCAGCCCGGAGUUCGCGCUGCGUCCGGUGGCCCCCAUGGUGAAAAUGACGCGAUCCAAGACUUUCCAGGCCUACCUGCCGAGCUGCCACAGGACCUACAGCUGCAUCCACUGUCGAGCCCACCUCGCCAACCACGACGAACUCAUCUCCAAGUCUUUUCAAGGGAGCCAAGGUCGUGCUUACCUGUUCAACUCAGUAGUCAAUGUGGGCUGUGGACCAGCGGAGGAGCGGGUUUUACUUACUGGCCUGCAUGCAGUGGCCGACAUUUACUGUGAAAACUGCAAAACCACACUGGGCUGGAAAUAUGAACACGCCUUUGAGAGCAGUCAGAAGUACAAAGAAGGAAAGUACAUUAUAGAACUUGCGCAUAUGAUUAAGGACAAUGGCUGGGAGUGAACACAAAGUCCUGCUGGAGCUGAUCACUGGGCUGUUUAUCCUGGAAAAAGAGGAGUAACUGAAGGCUUUGGUUGUACAUGUUGUGGCGGGAAGCUGAGCUGCUGAUGCUCCACCUCCCAGCCACCCUCCUCUGCAUUUCUCUUCCUUUUAUUGUCAUUUAUCUUCUAUUGUCUUUUCGUUUCACCUCCUGCAGUCAGACAUCUCCUGGCUCCUGCUCUCCACCAUUGUCGUUGCGGCUGAACUACUGCACCAAAGCUCGGGGAUAUUGAAUUUGCUUUUUUUAUUGAAAUUUCCCUUCCAUCGGUUAACCUGACAAACUGUUCUAGUGACGUGACGUUUACUGGAGAAUAGUGUAGUUCAGGAUGAUGGGGAGGUGAAAGGGGGCAACUCGUGGUGUUUCAGAGUAAAUGCAGGCGGAAAGCUCAAAGUUGAGGCCAUGUUACUUGGCGGUAGCUGGUGCUUCCACGUGUCUCCAUGCCCCAUCUGUUUGGCUGGUCAAGAGGCAGACUGUCACCAAAAACAAGUACCUGGAACCCAGUCGGUCAUUUGGCUGACGGAAGGAUAAAGACACUUCCCUCCACAAGCAGGCAGGGCCUGUAGGUGAUGCAUGUUCCCUUCCCAGAGGAAGGAAAUCGGCCUCUUACCAGCUUGCCCACUGUGAGCCAAUGUCUAGCCCUACCCUGGCAUCUGGCGUGACCCACACAGGUGGCUUUGCAUUCAGUUUGGACGCAGUCUUGCACUGGGAGUGGGUGGGGCUUCUCCUGCCCCCUUCAUCCCAGUUUCCUUGAUCGCUCCCAGCUGCCUCAUUGUCACGUUAUUUUAAAAAUAUCACUCCAAUGGGAUGCACCAAUCCAACUAAAAAGCUGAUAGGUUCUCUGGAAGCUUAUCUAUGUGAAAGGGUGCCUUCCCAACAAAGUUGGUGGUGAAUUAUUGGUUUCUCCAGGAUGCUCCAUCCCCUGCAGUGCCCCCAGUCAGACAAAGAAUAACUGGAAGUGCAGCUUCUCGUCACCUGAAUCUAUUUCAACAGGUUCCUUUCAAAUGAUGAUGAUUCAAGGUGCCUGGAAAUGGGUCAGUUUUGAGAGGGAGUGAUGGAUCAGCUGAUUGUAGCUCAGCAUUAACCUUUGUGGGCGUGUUGCCAGUGUUUUUGUCUGCAGACAAGAGACGGGCAAAGACAGAAUGAGCGACAAAUGGCAAAAUGGUGUCCCUUUGAUAGCCUGCCAGGGCUCAUUGGGAAAGUGCAGUUGAGCUUCUGUUACAGACCAGGCAGAGUGAACAGUAUCACUUCGAGUCUGUGAGGUAAGGUGAGGACAAAACCUCCUUCCGACGGACAGUGGGUUUGGGGACUGGAGGGGUGAGGGUUACCCAAACCCACAAAGCACAGCUCCCCAGCUGAGAUUUCAUUUCUAAAGCUGUCAGCAAAGGAGAAGCAAUCCUAGUUGCCAGGGUGGUCAUGUGAAUGACAAAUGACAAAACUGGUCCCACCUAAUUACUUGAUAGGGGUGAGGGAGGGAGAAGAUAUGUUUUUCAGACAUGGUUACAGUCCCUGGGGUCAGUGGGGUGAGGAGACUGUUCCAUCAGUGAGUGGGAAAUACUGUAAAAAUGUCAGAGACUGUUGUUUGCCAAUCUAAAGUUGUACAUAGCUCUUCUUAGACCCCAUUUAGAAAAGGGGACUCAUUUCCAGACACUGCACCCUCAGAAAGAACGUAUUUAGAGUCAUACAGCAUAGAAGCAGACCUUUUAGUCCAACUCGUCCAUGCUGACCAGGAUUCCUAAACUGAACUAGUCUCUCAUUUGCCUGCGUUUUAUAUUGGAGGAGGUGCAGCAGAGUUUCAUUAAUAAGACCCAGGGCCUGAAAGAGUCAAAUUAUAAGGGACAAUUACUCAGACUCGAGCAUCCCUUCGUACGUACAAGAUUAAAGAGUGAUCUAAUUUAGAUAUUAGGAUGAUUAAAGGGUAGAAAGAUAGAGACUAUAUUCUCUGGUAAGGGAAGUUCAGAACAAGGGGCAACACCUUAACAACUUGAAGCGAGACCAUUCAGAAAAUGAAUGCUGUUGUGAAGGCCUUCAAGGGGUCUUGGAAUUCUGGAACUCUGCACAAAAAUGCUGUGAGGAUCAAGGGAAAAUUUCAGACUGAGCUUUAUAGAGUUUUUUUUUCCCCUCAGGCAACAGUGUCCGGGAAUGUUGGAUCAGGGCAGGUAGAUGAAUUAAACAAAUCGGCUGUGAUCUAAGUGAAUAAUGGAAUGAGCUCAAGGGGCUGAAUGGCCUCCUUCUGUUCCUAUUUACCUACUUGACAUAUUAGUAACCAGACAUGACAUGUUUCCAUUGCUGUGUGCCCCGAGGCUGAGACAGGAGGGAGCUCUGAACCUCGUGAUGGAACCUUUUAUUUUGAUUCAGUAAAGUCCGAUAAAUAUUCAGGAAUGAUCUUGGGUCAGCUCAGCAGGUUGCCUCCAGCCUUUAAAUUAACCCCCAGUCCUCCCAGCCCCUGUUUCUGGGGUAAGCGUAUUUGCAUCCUGCUGGCUGUUACAAAGAGCCCACAUGCCAUAUUUUUCGACAAGUCACACUUUUCAGCUUUCUUCACUUCUCUAUUUUUGCAGCGAUACAGAGGCUGCAGCAACUUUCUACAACAUACGCCCAGAGUGUAACCAAAACGUAGGGUUGGGUAUCGCUGCUGAAAUCCCUGGCACCAGCAAGCAGACCACUGGGCUUUUAUGAGUCAACAGGGCAGCCAGUCAAACAAAUGUGUUCAAAUAUCGACCAAAGCACCUCUCCAUUUGCACAGUCUCAUGAGCCAGGUAGCAAGUCCAGCCAUAGUUAUCAGCCGUGAACUGUCACUGGACUGUGUUUAAUUGGUACAGAGAUCUCCCUUUUAUGUGUCAGUCGUGUGGUUAAUCUGAAGCCUUCAUCUAAUGUAUCUAAUGUUUGGAGUUUGGCUUUUAAAAAAAGCUACAUCCAAACACAAGUCCAGUUUGGGAGGAUAACUCCUGUUGUCUGAUCAUUUUGUGGGACUUUCUCACAUCUUGCUGGUGGUUGGAUUGUGAAGACUUCACAUGGAUUCCUCCAAUAUCCCAGCGAUAACACUGUCGCCCAAGGCUCACAGGGUAUCAUAAAUAUCGUUGUCCAAAAAUGCCUUUUGGUCCCCACUCAAGGCAGGCCUGCAGUGAAUAAGAUCCUGGAGCAGAAGGACCAAGUGCACCAGUGUGGCUGACCAACACGGUCUGUGUAGAUGCUUGUAGAGAGAGAGUAAAUAGGACGUUGCAUUACGGGUUAGUGGCUAUAUCGUGAACACGGUGGCUGACUUGUUACCAUGGGUUUGUGUCCUCCCUCGCAUGGAAUAUAAUAUGUCCAAAGCAACGUCACAGAGCCUCUUGGUUGGGUGGCCUGUUGUACAUCCAACAAGCCCUUUGGUUCAAGCAGCCAAUUAGCCUUUGUUUUGUUGCGGCCAAAGCUAGCUUCUAAUUGGAUUUCGCUUUGAUCUGAAGUAAUCAUUGGCGAUCACUGCCAAUUCCCUGAUAAGUCAUAUUGCCUCUUGCGAUUGGCUAAAAGAUGUACACUUUGCUAGAUCAUCUCCUUAAGUGAUAAUGUACUGUCCCCCUAUUUAAACAACAAAUUGGUAAUAUAUACAGAAUUUGUCUUAUAUUGUGUACUCUUGUAAAUAUUCGUAUUUAAAAGAAUUUUUUAUAAUAUAUAUAUUCAACAAUGUCUGACCCAUAUCUUUGAGCAUUUUUUCCUGCUUUGUAUUAAUUUAUGCUGAAAUAUUUUCUUUACAUUUUAAGGUAUUUUUGUUUCAUCUCAGUUUGUCAAGGGGAGAGAUGCAACAAUUCUUGUUGUUUACAUUUUGUAUUCUGCUGUAUUAAGCCAGGGUGCUACAUUGAUCUGAGUUAGCAGAUACUGUAAAGUAACACCCUUUCUCAAGGUAGCAUUGGGUCAAUAAAACCACUCUUUUUGGGGUCAGAUAGUCACAGCUACCUAAUCUUGCUAUUGCCGAUUUAAGGUAAUUUGCAAAAGAGUCAACAGUUACCUCAAGAAAAGUUUUUUUUUGUUUAAACACAGCAAGGAGUUAGGAUCUAGAAUGCGCUGCCUAUGAAUGUGGUGGAGGUAGAUCCAAUUGUGGCUUUCAGAAGAGAAUCGGAUCAUUAUCUGAAAGAGGAAAAACAUUGCAAGGCAGGAGAUUGGCGCUAGGUGAAAUUGUCUUGCAGAGAACAGGCACAGACAUCACAGGAUGAAGGGCCUCCAUCUGUAAUGUAGCUAUUCUGUGAUUCAUUCUACAAUUGCAUUUCUCACAUGAGCCAGUCCAAUUCUAGGAACAUGGAAAUAGGAGGAGAACUAGACCAUUUGACUCUUCAAACUAGCAACCCCACUCAGUAAGAUAAUUGGCUUCUAUCUCAUUCCAUUUUCCUAUGCUAUCCCCCAUCACUUUAUUUCUCUAAUAUCUAGAUAUUAAUCAGUCUCAAUCUAAGAGAGAAGGUUAAGAGGUGACUUAAUAGAGACAUACAAGAUGAUCAGAGGAUUAGAUAGGAUGGACAGUGAGAGCCUUUUUCCUCGGAUGGUGAUGGCCAGCACGAGGGGACAUAGCUUUAAAUUGAGGGGUGAUAGAUAUAGGACAGAUGUCAGAGGUGGGUUCUUUACUCAGAGUAGUAAGGGUGUGGAAUGCCCUGCCUGCAACAGUAGUAGACUCGCCAACUUUAAGGGCAUUUAAAUGGUCAUUGGAUAAACAUAUGGAUGAUAAUGGAAUAGUGUAGGUUAGAUGGGCUUCAGAUUGGUUUCACAGGUCGGCGCAACAUCGAGGGCCGAAGGGCCUGUACUGCGCUGUCAUGUUCUGUGUUCUAAACAUGCUCAACUGUUGAGCUUUCACAGCACUCGCACAGAGAAUGAAGAAAUUCCUCUUCAUCUCAGUCUCAAAUGACUUACCUUUAUUUCAAAAAUAUGCUUUAUUCAUAAAAAUAUCUUUACGUACAUAGUCACUAGGGCAGUUCAAUUCCACACACAGUAUUUAGAUAUGUAGGACAAACAAGCCCAAGGUGUUUCUUACUUAUACGUAAGUUUACAGAAAUUAUUUACAAAAGUUUGAGGCACCAGGAGGGUCUGAUAACUGAAUAGACCCCCAUUUAACUUUGGCAGAGAAACCUCAGGUGGUGGUCUUUCCCCACUUUACCUUGGCGGUAGCUGCCCCAAGCUUUAGUGUGUCCCUCAACACAGUCCUGGACCUUGGAAUGUGCCAGUUUGCAACAUUUGUUUGAGGUCAAUUCCUUGCAUGUUAUGGGCAGACCAAAGAGUGUCUUUCACUGAAUUGAUGGUCCUUCAUGCACAGUCGAUGUUUGUCUCAGUGUGCAUGCAGGCGAACAGAUCUUAGAGCACAGAGUCCUGCAUCACAAAGCUGCUCAGGAUGAACAUCAACAAAAACUACUGCAUCUCUCUUCAUACACCCUUUAUUCUGAUACUGAAUGCCUUGUGGGGUUUAGACAUGCUCUGCAAAGGGAAGCAUCCUUCUUGCAUCUAUCCUGAGAAGCCCUCUAAGCAUCAAUGAGAUCACUUGUCUAUCACUUCUGGAUUUUAGCUUGUGUUCCUCAAUCUGUCCUCAUAAAACAAUCAUAGGAGCUGGAGAGUUUUGCAGUUUCAUUUCAUCCAGGUUCUUGCUUUAAGCUCACAAUCAAUAUGAAAAUUAGUCCCAGUUAAAGGUAGCCCAGUUGAAAUCUCCAUUUUUCUUCUCUGUUAAAUUCUAUUGUCGUGGAGGCUUAGUCACCACCUCCAGCUGUUGUCCAUUACCUGCUUUCAAUGACCAUCCUUGAUGUGAGCCAUUCAGCAUUUGGGCAACUGUGUCCUCAGUUCUAAGUCACUGGACUCAAAAAAAUAACUGUUUCUGCCUCCACAGAUACUGCCAGAUCUGCUGAGUUUCUCCAACAUUGUUAAUGUGUCCUUGCGCCUUGUGUACAUUUUCAGUCUCAGGUAGAGAGUGAUGGGAACAGACACCCUGCCUCCCCACCACCACCGUACCCUGAUUGCCUCUAAUUUUCCAUUUUUUACACUUGGGUAAAGAAAGAGCUAGGCCAUUGAACCUAAGACCACCCAGAUGUUUAGCUGCAGAUAUUUUCCUGAACAACCUGUUCAGAGAUGUUAUGACAUACCUCUGGAGGAGGUGGGACUUGAACCCUGUCUCUGAGGUAGACACAUUACUACUGUUCCACAAGAGCCCUAAAGCCUACUGCAUCUGAUAUUCCUAGGCAGUCUCCCUCCAAAUAAUGACCAGACCUGAGUCUUCCAAGAUCAAGCUAAUUCAGACUAGUACAGCUGUGGAUUUAUUUUUAAAUCAACCAGUUCAGACACAUUAUGGCACACCUUUGGGGCAGCUGGGACUUGAACCCAGGCUUCCUGGCGCAGAAGUUGGGACACGACCACUGCGCCACAAUCAUCCUUAGUGUUCAGUUGUAUCCUUUUCUGAAACCUACUUUUCAAAGACGCAUUAUCAUUAAGCUGCUAAGACUUGAUGUAAACAAGGUCCAUUCAGGAUUAUUUGUUAGCAGCAGUAAUCUUAUCGUGAUUCUUUUUUCAACAGCACCUUUCUGAACAGUCCAAAUGACCUUGAGCUUGUCAUGGCAGAAUAGAUAGUUGAGAUCUCCAAUUGUGAGCCAGGCCCAGUCUCUCAUCUGCAAACCUUUGUUGCAAAGAAUCCAGUGCUGUGACCCACCUGUCGUGCUGCAUGUUUGGAGUCCUAAACUUAGCAAAAGACUGUUCAAUCCACAUUGUCUCUGUAGACCUUUGCAGCAAUGCAGUUGGUCACACUACCCUUACUCUUUUCCCCCAUAGUCCUGUAUUUUCCUCCUCUGUCAUCAAUCCAAUUCCUGUUCAGAAAAUACUAUUGAAUCUGUUUUCACCAGAGCACUCCAGGCCUCCACAACUGACUGUGUAGAAAUAAACACCCCACUCCCACCCCACUCUGCAUCUUUUGCCAUUAUUUUAAAUCUGUAUCCUCUAAUUCCAGACUGAGUGAAUAAGAAGGUAGUAUCACAAACACCAAUAUUUGGAAUACACCAGUUAAAUCUUUUACCGUUUUUCUCUUCUUCACCAUCCCAGUUUCUGCAUAAGUGAGGUAUGCUAUCCCUGACACCUGAUAAAUUCUGGUAAAUAUCUGAAUUUAGUAUGUUAGAGUCAUACUGCACUGACUUGUCUUAAGAUCCCAUUGGCAUUUAGGAUAAUUGAACUAUAUAAGGGGCCCUGAGGGCUCUGAACACAGGGCUGGAUGCUGAGAUUCUUUGUGGGGCAUUCUAGAAUGUGGGAACACCAUCCUAAAAGAAGGGGUCUGCCAUUUAACACUGAGAUGCAGAAGAAUUUCUCCAAUCAGUAGGCAGUUAGUCUGUGGAAUCUUUUUUUUCCUAGUAAGCAGUGAAGGCUGGGUCAUUGAAUACAGAUUAGUAGAAUCAUGCUGUACAGAAGAGGCCCUUUGGUCCAUUGAGUCUAAACUACCAAAACUACAUUACUACCUAUAGCAGUCCCACUUUCCCACACUAGGCCCAUAGCCUUAAAUGUUGUGAUGUUUCAAGUGUUCGUCCAAGCACUUUUUCAAGGUUAUGAGGUUUCCUGCUUCAAGUACCCUCCCAGGCACUGCAUUCCAGGCCUUCACCACCCUCUGAGAUGAAAAAGAUUUUCUUCCAAUCCCCUCUAACCCUCAUGUCUUUCACUUUAAAAUUAUGCCCCUUGGAUUGGAAACAAGGUUAGUUUUUUCAUCAAGGGAGUCUAGGGUUAUGGGCUGGGGGUGUAUGGGGUGUUGGAGGGAGCGGAUAGGAAAGUAGAGACCACACAAUCAGAGAAGCCUUGAUCCCCAGAAUCAACUGAGCAGAUUGGAGGGGCUGAAUGGCACACUCUUGUUCCUGUUACUUUCUUGUAUUAUCUUCCAAAUCUUUUCUUUCAAAUGUACAGAUUAUUAAGAUGUUUGAGAACUGGACAGCAGAGUGGGGUUCAAUAAACAUUUUUUCCUCUUCUUGAGAAGACAGAUCGGCAAAUCACCCAGACUCCAGGGUGGUAGGUCUCCCUUAGCCAGAAAAUUCUGAUUGAAUGAUGCGUCAUGUACUACAAUGUGUCAAGUUUAAACUAAUGUCUUUUUUUUGUGAUUUGGAGAGAUGGAGGCAUGGGGAGUGGAAGGAAUGAUGAAGAGAGCUGAUAUUAAACAUCAACCAAACAUAAAGUAAUAGUUGCUGCUCCCCCAACCACCACCAUCAGUCUAUGUCCCUUGCCCCCUCUGUGUCUGAGCUAUUUGGUAACAUUGAUUAGCAGCUCAUGACUUCGCCAGCGGGGCUUUGAGAAUGUCGGAAUCUGAUUCAUUUUUCUCUUGCUGUGCUCAGUUCUGUGAAUUGUUCCGGUGGGAUAUGCACAGAAAGCACAGUUUUACAUUAGAGCUGUGAUGACUGCCAAGCUCUGGUUUGUUGCUAAGUGCUGACUUUGACCUGCCUAAACAGGGGAAGAUCUUGUAAACCAACAAGAAUUGAGUUCAAGUCAAUUAAACAUUCAAAACAUGUCUCUUUUCCCCAAUGCUUCCUUGGAAUUAUUUUCUACUACCACCUCUUCCCCUCCCCCACUUCCUGCCUUCAAAAAUCUUAACGCAUUCUUGUGUGUUGUUUGCCCACCCCAAAAUGGGUAAGAAGCAUAAAACCCUGGUUAGGCCUUACUUGGAGUACUGUAAGCAGAUCUGCACACCAUCCUUAGGAAGGAUAUAUUGGACUUGGAUGAAAUACAACAUAUAUUUAUGAGAAUGAUACUUGGACUUAAGGGGUUAAGUUAUGAGGGGUGAUUAUACAGAUAAGGCCUGUUUUCGCUAAAAUUUAGAAGGUUAAUGGGUGAUAUGAUCAAAGUCUUCAAGAUGUUAACAGGAAAAGAUAGCGUAGAUAAACACAAUUCCUCUGAUAGGUAAUUCUAGAACUAGGGAAUAUUGUCUAAAACUUAAGACCAGACCAUUCAAGAGAGAUGUUAGGAAGCAGUUCUACAACAAAGGGUGAUAGUUUCAAACCUCUAUCUUCCACACAUGGCAACUGUUAAAGGAUAGGAGCCAAAGGCAGGUAUAUGGACUUAGGCCACAAAUCAACCAUGAUCUCAUUGAGUGGUGGAACACACGGGAGGAGCUGAAUUGUCUACUCCUAUUUUUAUGUUCACAAUUUAUUUUGUAGGCAGAGCUGCCAGGAUCAGUAUUUUGCUGGUUUGUGAUCCAAAUCAUUGUGGGAGCAGAGAGUUCCCUUUCUUGGUUUUGCAGCUGCCCCUUAGAAGGAGGCUGGGAUGGUGACUGGCACGUCAGGCUGACCAUAGGGCAUAGAGAUGGCCUUAGAAAUAGGUUUGUCUACCCCAUUUCUGAUUCACCCUGUAUAAUCAUGCAGCACAGGAGGUCAUUUGGCCCAUUGUGUCAGUGCUUGCUUCUCAAUUCUUCCAAUCCAAAUUACUGCCACUCUUUACCCACACCCAUUCAAGUAUUUAUCCAGUAUCCUUUUCACUAUUUCAACCCUUUGGACAGCAACUGAUUUUUUACAAUAAAUUAUCCCCAACACACCAGGUUCUUUUUGUCAAUCGUUUUAAAUCUGUGACACACCGACCUCUACAAAACCAACACUCCCCAAGAAUCUGAGGCGCCAUUCCAUCAGCGUGAGGAGCCUGCGCGGUGAGUUAGUCCGCCUGCCUGCCCCUGAGACUGUUUGACUAUGGGGUGCAUCACACCCAGAUCCCACCUUCAACUCUAAUUUCUCAACGCUGUGUCCGCGAAAAUCUGUUUGACCACUGAUGGAGACUGGAAAGCCCGGUGGCUCACCUGACCUUUCAUAAGCCUGGAGCAAUUAUGGGAAGCCUUUCAGCAGCUAGCGUGAAGUGAAUGAGAUUUUUUCAGAAUCAAAGAUUGAAGGAUUGUAUUUGAAUUCGUUUUAUUUUCCAAAGUGACUUGUUGCAUGUGAGGCUGAAGCAAAAGGUUGUUUAAUUAUAAGAACAAAUUCAAAACAAAACGUGUACUCUCUUGAUCGAAGAGUGAUCUAAUUGAGGUGUUUAAGAUUAUUUUCAAGAGAGUUGACGACCAGAGAGAUUAAUUCUCCAUGUGUUGGGAAGAAUGGGAGACCAAAACAAGGCAACUUUUAUUUUAAAACUAGAACCAACUGUUCAUGAUGUUUGGAAACCUUUCACACACAACGUUAGUGAACAAUCUGAAACUCCAAGUACGCUGUUAAUGCUGAGAGACCAUUGAAAUAUACAUGCAGGAGUCGAUAGAUUUUUAAUUAGGGGAUGUCGAAGUUGCACAGAUACAAGACAUGGAUUAGCUUUAAUCUGAAUGAUCAGAAGGCUCAAUGAGUUGAAUGACUUCCUCUGGUUCUUUUCAGCAAUUGCCACUUUUGCUGUUUGUUAUGUUACGCUUCGAGGUGUAACUCAGUUCAGUCUAAAAGCUUUUGGUCAAAACAACUGCGCCGUCACAGAGGAACUAAGCAUUUCUCUUUGGAUUGCUUGGGUUCCUCGUCUCCAGAUCACCAAGGGAAAAUGCCGAGACAGCGCAGUUCUGAAAGUGCCCUGAGGUUAAGUCCGGCGCGGGGGUUGGGUGGGGGCUGGUACAGUCAUACUGUAUUUCCCUGGUGCUGCAGGUGGUCCCCAGGUCUCGGAAUUCAGAGAGUGCAGCAGUAGCUAGGCUUUGCCCAUACAGCAGAAUUCACCUCCUCCCCACCCAGGUUUGACUUCACCUGACGAAGGGUCUAUGCUUCGAAAGCUUGUGAUUUCAAAUAAACCUGUUGAACUAUAACCUGGUGUCGUCCCAGGUUUGGGCAGGGCUGCGUUGGAAUCAGUCUGCAGCCCCUGAAUCCUCGUGUGUGUUUGUAUAUAAUCAGUAUUUCCAGAAGAAGCAUUUGUAAAUUGUGUUACUGUGCUUAAUUGUCACAAAUAAAGUUUUUUUUGUAA